GUCAGCAUAUCUGAUCAUUGGUUUGCUAACUGCGUCCCAGGAGAAGGUACUUCACAUGGCGAAGCCAAUACUGGAGGAGGCAAUAGGAGGGGUUUACAUGUCGCUGCUCCCCGAGAGGAUGGCGGUGGUCGACUUAGGUUGUUCCUCGGGCCCUAACACUUUGGAGGUGGUCUCCGAGGUGCUCGACGUGAUUGGCAAGCUACGGCGGAGCCUGGGACGCCAGGAGAUGCCGGAGAUCCUGUUCUUCUUGAAUGACCUCCCGGGGAAUGACUUCAAUCACGUCUUCCGGUCUCUGGGAGAUUACAAGAGGAAGGUCGAGGAGGAGAAGGGGAAUCUGCUGGUGCCAUACUACGUCGUGGGAGUUCCAGGCUCCUUCUACGGCAGGCUUUUCCCUUGUCAAAGUGUCCACUUCUUCAACGCUUCCUGUUGUCUCAACUGGCUCUCUCAGGUUCCUGAAGGUGAACAGGGAGUUCUACUCAACAAUAAGAACAUCUAUGUUGCAGAGACAAGCCCACUGGACGUUGUGAAAGCAUAUCAAGACCAACGCCAAAGAGACUUGUCAGAGUUCCUUCGGUGCCGUCAUGCAGAACUAAGCUACGGAGCAAGAAUGGUAUUGUCAUUUGUAGGAAGGAAACGGAGUUAUCCACCCUGGGGAGACAUGGGAUACCUUUUCGGCCUGUUAGCCGAAGCCCUGAGUGCUUUGGUGUCACAGGGAAUCAUAGAGGAGGACAAACUGCUGACCUUCAAUUUGCCGUAUUAUGCACCUUCCAUGGAAGAAGUAAAGGCAGUGAUCCAUAGGGAAGACUUGUUUGAUUUAGAACAAGCACAGAUCUUUGAGGCUAAUUGGGACCCGUUUGAUGAUUCCGCUGCAUUCGACGGUAUAGUAAGCGGAAAGAACGUCGCAGGAAAUGUGAGAGCAGCGUUUCAACCCUUGAUUGCAGAGCAUUUCAGGGAAAGAACGUCCCAGUCCUUCCAUGAAGGUAGCACCUCCCAACUUAAAGCUUAGAUCAUAUUUGUAUAUCAUUUAAUGUGAUCAUAGACACAAGAGGAUACAACAAACUAAAUUGUGAUAGAAAAGAAAUAGAUAGAUAUGUGUUUCUUAAUAACUGAAAUAUCGGUACCCAAUGAACUGUUAAAGAUAGUCACA